GGCGGGCGGUGCGCCGUGGCGGGGCGCGGAGCGCAGCGGGCGCAGCGCGGCCUGGCCAUGGGCGCUGAGGCGGGCGGCCCGCGGGACACCGCGCCGGGCCAGCAGCUCCGCGCCCUCUUCUACGCGCUGGCGCCCGGAGAGAGCUCCUUCCGCACGGUGGAGGAGGUGCCCGACUACGUAGAGAAGAGUAUUCCAUUCUUCAUUACUUUUAUUGGGCUGGAGUUUGCUGUCAGCUGGAUUCAGAAGCGUAAGCUGCCUGGUCGGAUCAAUGACGGGAUAAGUUCUCUUUCCUUGGGUAUCCUGUCUCGACUACCAGAUGUUUUAUUCAGAAGUAUUGAGUUAAUUAGUUACAUAUACGUGUGGAAUAACUACAGACUCUUUGAACUGCCCUGGGACUCACCAUGGACGUGGUAUUUGACACUUCUGGGAGUGGACUUUGCAUACUACUGCUUUCAUCGCAUGAGCCAUGAGGUUAAUAUACUGUGGGCUGCACAUCAAAUACACCAUAGUUCAGAAGAUUACAACUUAUUCACAGCCUUGAGACAAUCUGUGCUGCAGAAAUACACCUCCUGGAUGUUCAACUUGCCCAUGGCUCUUUUCAUUCCCCCUUCGGUGUUCGCUGUUCAUUUACAGUUUAAUCUACUUUACCAGUUUUGGAUACAUACAGAGGUUAUCACCAAACUUGGGCCUCUGGAAUGGAUACUUAAUACUCCCAGUCAUCACAGAGUUCAUCAUGGUAGAAAUCCUUACUGCAUUGACAAAAAUUAUGGUGGCACGCUCAUUAUCUGGGACAGGAUAUUUGGAACAUUUGAGGCCGAAGAUGCGAAAGUUGUAUAUGGCUUAACACAUCCAGUAAAUUCAUUUGAUCCCAUCAUGCUCCAGUUACGUCCCUUGGCUCAUAUUUGGAACACGUUUUGGGCCACGCCUGGAUUCUGCAAUAAGCUUUCUGUCAUAUUCAAAGGGCCAGGCUGGGGACCAGGCAAACCUAGACUUGGCCUUCCUGAGGAAAUCCCAGUGAUCACUGGAAAAGAAGUUCCCUUCAAUCCACAUGUACCAGCUUAUCUUAAUUGCUAUGCAUUUGUACAUUUUGCUGUAAUAGUGGACUUGUACACCGAACUUCUUGCUUCUAUGACUAUGUUAUCACAGGGAACAGUUCUUAUGAGAAUUGGCUUUAUCAUUCUGUCUUUGGCAUCUUUUGGACUACUUAUGGAGAACAAGUCCAAAGCAGGAAUUUUGGAAAUCAUCCGCUGUUUAGUCUUCAUAGGUGUUUGCAAACUUGGCUCCUUUAGGAGUAAUUUUUCCUUCUUGGGAUAUGCAUAUGAGGAGAAAUAUGAAAAUUCUUGGAGACUGGAAGACUUAAAUAUAAAGUAUUUCGCUCUGCAUUAAUCCUGUGCCUCAGAAACAGACUUUUAGCCAUUGACAAGGAGUGGAUACAGGAAUAAAUAGACCCAUGGUCUGAUACGUGUGGUUACUUUUGUGUUCUUAGCAUUUAUUUUAUUCUGUUCAUGCCUUUUGCUUUUUAUUAUUUUCCUUUCCAGUACAGUUUGCAUUUCAUAUCUCUUUUAAUAUUAUCACAAUGAAAUAAGAAUAGUCACUGUUAGUAUUCCUGUCUGAACAACAUUACCAAGCUACUUACUGUUGAUUACCAGAAAAUAAUGGUUGUUCAUAACCAACAAGGUUAUGAAUAGGUGGCUGGAUUAGUAGAACCUCAUCAAAAAGUUACUCUUGGGUUUCAAAUCAGAACAAAAUCAAAUAAAACAGUAGGAACUGGGAUUCAGACAAGUGCAGAAUGGUUCCUUUGACUUUAAACAUAUACAAAAUUUAUAGUGUCUUUUCCAGCUGGAAGUGGUCUCGCUUCUCCUGUUUUCUUAAAGAAAUGGAAUUAGAAAAAUGAAAAAAAAAAACCUACUGCUGCUGUGGGUCUGGGAGGUUUUACUGGUUUUUUUGGUUUUAUUUUUUUUUUCUGCCUGGGUUGGAAAACAAUAGCUAUUGGACAAUAUUUAAAGCUAGAUAAAUGCCACUAAUUGAGAAUUGUUUCAUUUCUCCCCUGUCCCCUUGUUACAUUGUCAAAACUUUGGUGUGUAAAUCAAAUGGUUCUUGAAUUCCUUUGAUAAGAGUCUGCAAGAAUUUAGCAGGUAUUUUAAGAAGUUU